UGGGCAGAUCGAUGAGUGAGUAGUUGCAGCACGCCGGCCGGCCUUGCAUCAUCCACGUCCACGCACAUCGAUCUCCAUCGAUCUCUCAUCUAUAUAUACGGCUAGGUAGCUACUACGUGCUGACCUGUUCAGUUCUGCUGCUAUGGCUUGCUCCCGCCGCUUGCUCGCUGAGGCGGCGACGCUGCUGCUCCUCGUCCUCCUCCUGGCUGCCAGAACCGACGCGGAGGAGGAGAAGGCCAUCGCGGCGUUGCCCGCCCACGUCCACCUCGCCAGCAUCAGCACCAACGGCGGCGGUGCUGGGUCCUCCUCGCCGUCGUCGUCACCCUCGCCGGCGGGAGUGGGAGGAGGAGGAGAGAAGAAGGAGAGCAGCAAGGAGGACAAGAACAAGGAGAAGAAGCCUGGCAGCAGCAAGUGCGUGACGACCAAGGACUGUCACCUGAAGCGGCUUGUGUGCGCCAAGAAGUGCACCAUGGCCGCCCACAAGAAGUGCGCAGCCAAGUGCUCCCGCGCCUGCACCGCCGCCGGCCUCCCCAUCUGCACCUGAUCGAUCAAGCCUUUUUUCAAUCAUAUCUGCUUC